GCUGCAGGUGAACGUCUGGUGUUGACAAAUGACAGUUAUCAUCGGAAGGCAUUCCGAACGAGAGAGUUCUAAUGUUUGAGUUUUGAGUGCUAUUUAUUAGAGAAUUAUUGGUUUAAAUCAAAGAAGUCCGGAGUGCAAAAUGGGGUUUAUAUUUAAUUUUAUAAAAAAAAUAAUAAAGACAACUUUAAAGUUAUCUUUAUAUUUUGUGAUAUUUGUUACUGCCAUUGUACUUAUCCCUAAUUUACCACCAUACACAAAAUUCACCAGCAUUGAAUUAACCCCCUUACAACCAAGGGUUGGCCCUCUGGCUCCAAAUAGUGCCUUAAAUAAUGCAGAAAGGUCAUUCAAAGGCAAGUUUUUGGGACCGGAAGCCUUCCAAGUGUCAAAUGGUGAACUGUACACAAGUCUUGCUACUGGAGAAAUUGUGAAGAUAUCCCCUGGAGGCCAUGUUACUUUUGUAACUAAGAUAGGACAGCCAUGCACUGGGUUAGUACAUGAACAUAUCUGUGGAAGACCCCUAGGUUUUCAGAUUGAUGAAGCUGGCAAGUUCAUGUAUGUAGCUGAUGCGUACCAUGGUAUCUGGAAGGUAGAUCUGAAGACUGACAAGAAACAGUUGCUAGUGUCUCCAACUGCAGAGAUUGAGAAACGCACACCAAAACUGUUUAACUCCUUGGCACUGGGAAAGAAUGGAGACUUCUACUGGACUGACUCUACCAGUGACUUCCAUCUGAAGGAUGGUGUACUCAGCUUGUUCGCCGACCCGUCAGGAAGAUUGUUCUAUUAUGAUGCAGCUAAGAACACCAGCAAAGUACUACUCGACGAUCUAUGGUUUCCGAAUGGUGUAGUUUUGUCUCCUAACAACGAUUUCGUGGUUUUCACCGAGACUUCUCGCUUCAGAAUUAUGAAGUACUAUAUUGCAGGCCCAAAAAAAGGGCAAUCUGAAGUUUUCGUUGAUGGAUUACCAGGUGUACCGGACAACGUGCGCGUGCUUCCCGAUGGCUCGGGCGUCCUCGUGGGGCUGUACAUGGUGUACGAUGAAGGGCACCCUAUCCUCCUGCGGUCGCUGAGCGCCACUCCCGCCGUCAGGAAAUUCGUUGCCCGCUUACAUCGACUCAUAGAAAUUCCCUUCGAACAACUCAACAAGCUGUAUCCACACAUAAUUUUCGAAGAAAUAGUGUAUUACAUUGGACAUUUCAAAAGCCUGGCAGCGUUUAGUCCAGGCAUGGCUGGUUUACUCCAAAUAGACUGGAAUGGAAACAUUGUAGCAGGAUACUACAAUACCGACGGCACUUUAGGACAUAUUAGUGACGCUAUUGUUUACAAUGACAAACUGUACACAGGCUGUCCACAUUUACAAGACUUUCUUGGAACAGUUCCAGUUCCACCACUUUUAAAGAAAGCAUUCGAAACUACGAAAACCGCUCCUAAAGUUGAAUCUAAGCCACUAAAAGCCAAGCCUGUUGACCAACCACCAAAACCGAAAGCUGAAGAAACACGUAAGGUUGAGCAACCCAAAACCCAGCCUAAGCCUAAGGUAGAAGAAAAACCCAAGGAUGAAUCCAAACCGAAACAAGAAAAACCAGUUGAAACUAAACCAAAACAAGAAAAACCUAAAGAACAAAGACCUGUGGAAACUAAACCUAAAGAACAACCCAAAGCACCCAGGCCUGUUGAACAAGUAAAGCCAAAAGUGGAAGAGAAAAAGGAGGCACCUAAAGUCACAAAACCCGCCGCAAGUUCACCCAAACCAGCCCAACAGCCUAAGCCUGUCGAACCUGCCAAACCGGUAGAAAAAGCAGCUCCUCCAGCUCCACCACCGCCCAAACCAACUCCGCCUCCCGCGAAAGCAGAACCCGCUAAAGUUAAGCCAGUUCAAAGCCAACCCAAGCCGUCCACUCCUAAACCCGAAGUAAAAACUACGACUGCUAAACCAACUGAGAAACCUACGGCCCCUCCCCAGAAAGCGCCACCAAAAGAACCGAAAAAGGAAGCAACUAAGGUGAAAUCAGAAGCCCCUAAACCUGUUGAAAACAUACCCAAACCAAUAAAUGAGGAAAUCCCGUCCGACACCAUCAAGCCUACCAAGGAAUCCCUGAGAGUGAUUAAAAAGGGUGGUCCCACUGAGAUCCCGGUACCCAAUCAGUAAGUAUAAGAUAUGGUUGUGGUUAAUUUAGUAGUUUGAAGAUCUCUUUGAAGGAACAAAUUAUGAAGGAAAAAGAAAACCCAUUGUUUUUAUAUUGAUUUUUUUUAAAGAUCUGCAGACUGCAUUUAUUUGCUUGUGAUUAGUGGUAUUAUUGUCUUAGAAUAUUUUACCCCUCCAAUGUCAUUCCAUUAUAAUUCCUUUUUAGCAGUGUGCAGCUACUUUGUCUUUGUUAUAAAAAUCGAACCCAAGGGGUAGUUUUACAUUUUAUAGCGCACCAAUAUAAUUUUAGUAUGUAAAAUCUUUGUAGUUAAAUUAAGCAUUCCUAUUUACGAAUAUCAUUGGAAUCCAUCUAUUUAUUUCAUGAUUAUGAGAGUUUGUUGAAAUUGUUAAAAUUUAUCGUGUUGGACCAAUCUUUUUUUAAUAUAUCUAAUAUUUAUUUGUCCGAAACUAAGGAUGUUGAAAGCAUAUUUAUUAUUUUGUAACCAGUAUAUUUCAACACAAGUAAAAAGAGCUCUACUGGACAGUAAAAUCACACGACGCCGAUCGUUAUAUUUAUUCCUAUUUCACGCAUUGUACCCGUAAGACCGCCAAAGCUCUUUUUACAUGCAUUGAGCUAUAUAGGUCUGAAUAUAUUUUAUUGUGUUUAGAAACAAUUGUUUUAGUGGAAAAAUGUACCUUAUGACCUCACUCGUUACACAUUGUGCCGUUAAUUGUUACUUAUAUUUGUUAGUUACCAGUCACCAGUUAGUGCAAUAUUAAGAAUUAUACUUAUUUACAUCGAUCCAACAUAAAUCUCCUGCCAUGUCGAUAUUUAUGAUAGACAAAUAUAUUUAUUACUUCACAUAAACAUUAUUUUUAUGCACGAAUGUUAAAGAUGUGAAAAAUUAAGUGAACUACAAAUUUGAAUGUUUCUAAUACCGGUGUCUUAUUUUUUCUAGGAUAUAUUUUAAAGUAUGUUUUAGGCAUAGAAAAGUUACAAAGUACACUAAAUCGUUGUUGCAUCCAAUUUUUACAAAUAAAACUGAGCAAUAUUUGUCGUGUAAGCAAUAAAGUAUAUUUUUAUUACAUGUACAUUUAUAUAUUAAAACAUUUUAAUAUUUGA